AUGGCUUCAUCCUCUGCACAAGUUAUUGGUUCAGUUCCUAGCUCUGACAUUCCUUCUACCUCUGAUCAAGCCUUUCCUCUUGCUGCUACUGGAUCUGAAAUUGCCUCAAUUCACGCAAGACUUGAUUCUAUUCAGAGGCAACUUGAUCAAGAAGAUGUUCUCAACAAGAAGGUGCAGGACAUGUUUACUACCAUCCUCAAAAUGAAGAAAUCUAGGCAGCGUUUGACAGCACCAACGCCUUUACCAACUGAAACCGACAAUCCUCCAACUGCUACACAGCCAUCCAAUGCCACUCCAGCUGAAGGAGGUGCUUCUGGUGGAGGUCAGCCUUCUACUCAACAGAAGCAAACAUCUACUGCUGAAGCUACGAUAACUGAUCCCGCUCCUAAAAGUAAAAAGAAGCGAAGACAAAAUGCUAGUUACUCUCGGAAGUCUUCUUCUAUAUGGGAUCACUUCACCCAUGUACCUGAUAUUGAGGUUGAUGAGACGACCGCAGCUUGUAAUUAUUGUGGUAAGAGGUAUUUAGCUGAUUCUAGGCUUCAUGGUACAUCAAACUUGUGGGCUCAUUUGAAAGUUUGUGUUAAGUAUGCAUAUGCAAUCAGUCAUGAUUCUAGCCAAACAGUCCUUGCAUUUACCCCUGGUAUGACUAGUGAGUUGACAGCUGCAAGCCUUAGAUAUGAUGCGGAAACAUGUAGGAAAGCUGUGCCCAUGUUUGUCAUCUUAGACGAACACCCUUUUAGUGUAGUUGAGGGUAUUGGUUUCAAAUUACUCAUUAACAAAAUUCAGCCCCAAAUGACUGUCCCUUCUAGAUUUACUAUGACUAGGGAUUGUUACCAACUCUACCUUGAUGAAAAAGUGAGGUUGAGAGGAUUUUUGAAAUCUAAUUGCAAUAGGGUGACACUCACAACUGAUUGCUGGACAUCAAUCCAAAACCUCAGUUAUCUAACUCUCACUGCACAUUUUAUAGAUAAUGAAUGGAGGUAUCAAAAAAGAAUUAUAAGUUUUUCUGUUGUCCCGAACCAUAAAGGUGAAACCAUAGGUAGACAUGUGGAAGAGAUUUUGAGGGAAUGGGGGUUGAGGAAUGUUUUUACUCUCAUAGUUGAUAAUGCAUCAUCCAAUGAUAGGGCUAUAGAACAUUUGAUAAAGAGAGUGAGGACUAUGAGUGGUUUGGUGUUAGAUGGAGAGUUUUUUCACAUGAGAUGUUGUGCCCAUAUCCUCAACCUAGUUGUCAAUGAUGGUUUGAAGGACUUGAAUAGGUCCAUUGAUAAUAUUCGCAAUCCUGUUAGGUUUGUGAGGUCCUCACCCAAUAGACUUGCCAAAUUCAAAGAGUGCAUUGAGUUUUCAAAUAUAACUUCUAAGAAAUUAGUAUGUCUUGAUGUUCCUACUAGAUGGAACUCGACAUAUAUGAUGUUGGAUGCAACUGAAAGGUUUCAGCCAGCAUUUGAGAAGAUGGAAUUUGAGGAGUUAAGUUAUGUCGAAUACUUUGGGACUGUUGGGCCACCUACUGCUGAGGACUGGGAGAGUUCAAGGGUGUUUGUAAAAUUUUUAAAGAUUUUUUAUGAUGCUACCAAAAUCUUUUCAGCAUCAACACAUGUGAGCAUGCAUUCUGCAUUUCAUCAAUUGGCUUUGAUCCACAUGGAGCUGAAAAAGUGUUGUAACAGUUCAAACUCUUCUUUUAGAAAAAUGGGUGUGGAGAUGAAGCUGAAAUAUGAUAAGUAUUGGGGUAAUAUUAAGUCAAUUAAUAAACUCCUUUACUUUGGUGUAAUUUUUGACCCUCGAUACAAGUUCAGUUAUGUCGAAUGGUCCUUUCUACAAAUGUAUGGUGAAAACCCAACAUUCCUAAAUGAAAUGUCAACUAGUGUGAAGGAUGAUCUUACUAGAAUGUACAACUGGUAUGCUUCAGCCCAUGAGGAACGGAACAGAUCUGUGCAAUCAUCUCAUGCCCCUUUGGAGGGGAGUGGACAAGGUGCAUCAUGUACUCCGGUUGAAUGUUCAUCAUUUUUAGAACGGGCAGUUGCUUUUAAGAAGCAUUUAAAGGAGAAAAGUUCAAUUGAUAGAAAAACUGAGCUUGAGACAUACUUAAGUGAAGCUAAUGUUGAAGGAAAUGACAAAUUUGACUUGCUACUAUGGUGGAAGCAAAAUUCUGGUAGGUUCCCUAUACUUUCUUCCAUGGUGCGAGAUGUCCUUGCAACCCCUGUUUCAACCGUGGCAUCGGAGAGUGCAUUUAGCACUGGUGGUAGUGUGUUGGAGCCCUUUAGAAGCUCCCUUAGCCCAAAAAUUGCAGAGGGUCUGAUUUGUGCCCAGAACUGGUUGAAGCCUUCUCUUUACCAAUUCAAAGAUCAAGACCUUGAUGAGGAGUGGGAGCUUAAUGAUGAGAUUGUAGCAGGAUUUGGUUGGGUUAUUGUGUGUGCUGAUCAUAGACAUGCUGAAGAGGGAAUCCUACAUGAUUUCAGUUUUCAUUCUUUAUGGAUAUUUCAAUUAAGAUACAAUCCAGUUUAUGUUUAUGUGAAUGUUAUUAUUGACUAUGGUUAUUGA